AUGUCGUCGAUAAAUGGCGAAGAUUUAAGUGAAGAAACGAUUGAAUUACGUUCAAGAUCAUCGAGGAAUUUUUCUUCAUCUUCAAAUUCUCGAAAUAAUCGUUCCUUGGAUGAUAUAAAAAGUUCUUUGUCUUCUAAAGUUUUAAUCGAAAAGAAGGUCAAAGGUGACGAUACAAUCAACAAAAUUUCUUUGCAGUAUUCUGUACCGGUUUCAGAAAUAAAAAGAGCCAAUAAUAUUAUAACGGAUCAAGAUCUUUAUGCGCUUUCUUUCAUUAAAAUUCCAGUAAAUAGAUUAAGGAAGGAAUUAAAUUUUGAUCAAGAUCGGCAUUUAUUCAUUACUGAAAGUGAAAAUUCAACGAAUGUAGAUUGUGAUGACUUCGAUGAUCGAAGGCCACUUAUUAAUAAAAAAAGUCUAAAUACCAGAAGCGUUGAGGAAUUAUUCGAAAAUACAGACGCUUCAUUGGCACAGAUCCGUGAUGGAAAUAGUGUCGAUACGCUGACUAACGGACAGUUCCAUUUUAUUGAUGCUAGACCACCACAGUCUCACAUUAAUGGCGUCUGGCUCAUAGUUUGUGGUUUAAUUCUGAUCUUCGUCGUUGUUCCCAUCGUAUUGACAUUGCUGGAAGAGAAAUCCGAAGUAUCAGAAGAACGAAGUAAAGUAACACCGUCAGCUGAUAUUCAGUCAAACUGA